AUGGCUGACACUGUUGGAAAGACCAUCACUUGCAAGGCAGCCAUUGCCUGGGCGGCCGGUGAGCCCCUGUCCGUCGAGGACGUCGAGGUUGCCCCUCCCAAAGCGCACGAGGUGCGCAUCGAGAUCUACCACACUGGCGUGUGCCACACAGACGCGUAUACCCUGUCCGGCAAGGAUCCCGAGGGAGCCUUCCCCGUCAUCCUGGGCCAUGAGGGGGCCGGUAUUGUCGAGUCGGUGGGUGAAGGAGUGACCAACGUCAAGCCUGGCGACCACGUCGUUGCUCUCUAUACCCCCGAGUGUGGAGAGUGCAAGUUCUGCAAGUCCGGCAAGACGAAUCUGUGCGGCAAGAUCCGCGCGACGCAGGGCAAGGGCGUGAUGCCCGAUGGAACGUCUCGCUUCACGGCGCGCGGCAAGCCCAUCCUGCACUUCAUGGGGACCUCGACUUUCUCGCAGUACACUGUUGUGGCAGAUAUCUCAGUGGUGGCCGUGACGCCUCGGGCCCCCACUGACCGCUCGUGCCUGCUCGGGUGCGGCAUCACGACGGGUUACGGCGCCGCCACGGUGACUGCAAAGGUGGAGGAGGGAUCCAACGUCGCGGUGUUUGGCGCCGGGUGCGUCGGCCUGUCCGUCAUCCAGGGCGCCGUCAAGAACAAAGCCGGCAAGAUCAUCGUCGUCGACGUCAACGACAACAAGGAGAAAUGGGGCAAGAAGUUCGGCGCCACGGACUUUGUCAACCCCACCAAGUUGCCCCAGGGCGUCUCCAUUCAGGAGAAACUCAUCGAAAUGACCGACGGCGGUUGCGACUAUACCUUCGACUGCACCGGUAACGUCGGUGUCAUGCGCGCCGCCCUCGAGGCCUGUCACAAGGGUUGGGGCCAGAGCAUCGUCAUCGGCGUCGCGGCUGCUGGCCAGGAGAUUUCCACCAGACCCUUCCAACUCGUCACCGGCCGCGUGUGGAAAGGCUGCGCCUUUGGCGGAAUCAAGGGCCGCUCUCAACUCCCCAGCCUGGUAGAAGAUUACCUCAACGGCCAGCUCAAGGUCGACGAGUUCAUCACCCACCGCCAGUCUCUCGCGGGCAUCAACACCGCCUUUGAGCAGAUGAAGGAUGGAGAGUGUAUUCGCUGUGUCGUCGAUACCAGGGCGUAA